UCCCCACCAUCCAGUCUCUCUCCAGAACUUGGGACAGAAAGGCCACCGUAUUGAAAUAUAGAUUGACAGAGGCGGGGCGGGAACAAGCGAGCGAGCGAAAGAGCUCGGCACGAACCCGGUCCGACGAGAUGGUCAACAAGCGGCCGAGGAGCAUGGUGAUGCGCCGGAAGGUCAGCGUGGCGUCCAUGCCGUCGGUGCAGAGGCGGGUGCGCCAGGUGAGCGGCGACGACAAGCAGGCACGCGAGAGGCCGAUCUUUUUUGUGUCGGCUUGCGACGAGGAGAUGGGCGCCGGAGGCGGCGGCCACCACUCUCUGAAGAGGGACGCAUUUACCGGGCUGUGGAUGACGGCGGCGUUCCUGGCGGCCUGCGGCAUCUGCGCCAAACCCCUCGCCGACAAGGAUGCAUAUAUCUACAGGAGUGAGUUUGCAUUCUGCACCAAGGAGUGCAGGGAGAAGUACAUGGAGAAAGACAUAAUGAUGGAAAAAAGCGCCGCCUCUGAUCCAUCAGGAAGGCCCCGUCGGACCAGUCCAGCAGCGGCGGGGGCUCAUGCAGCGGGUCAGGCAAACCCAUUUAGCUUAUACUAGCUCCUAGUUAUGUGUCAUAGACAUAUGUGGUAUAAUCUCCACCAAGUUUAAGCCGUCCGUCCAUGUAUACAAGUACAAGGUAGUAGUAUGAAAUAAUGGUCGAAUAAUGGUCGGCUACAUCCCCGUUUCAUGAGUUAGUUCCACCGCUUCGUGGUUGAUAUGGAGCUGCGAGAUAUUUACCUCAUACUCAGUCCAAGGAGUAGGACCACCAUCCCUCAUGCACAAUGACGGCGUUCUUUGUAUGUCAUGUUGAGAGGUCUCGCACCCAUACUAUCUGCUACGCAGCUUGGCCUCGACCACCGUC